UCCAUGUCUUCAACUCAUUAAUCUUCUACACAGCAUAUUCAAUCUCUUCUUCCCAUCAUCUCCCUCCUCCUCUCGCUCUCUUGUUUCAGAGAAGAGGGAAGUCGCAAGUAUGACACAGAGCUGAUACAGAGGUAAGCAAGAGGAGGAAGAAGAGAACAAGAACGGAAAUGUUUACGAGACUAGCUUUUAUCUUCUUCUUGGCCUUCUUUUGUGCUGUCAUUGCGUAUGCCGCUCCGGCGGACGAGGUGGCGGCGCUGCUGUCGAUCAAAGCGGAGCUCGACGAUCCGUUGAAUGCCCUUGGAGACUGGAAUCUGCCGACCGACGUCGCUGGCUCGUCCCACUGCAACUGGACUGGCGUCCGGUGCAGCUCGACGGGCGCCGUCGACGGCCUCGACCUCUCUCACCUGAACUUAAGUGGCCUGAUCGCCGGCGACAUCCGCCGGCUCACGAGCCUUGUCCGCCUCAACCUGUGCAGCAAUUCCUUCUCUUCGUCUCUCCCGGAGGCCAUCGCCGACCUCACCAUGCUCCGGGAGCUCGACGUUAGUGACAACAACUUCGUCCGUCACUUCCCGACCGGCCUCGGCGGGUUCCAGGGCCUGACGAGCCUCAAUGCCUCCGGGAACAACUUCGACGGGCCGAUCCCCGACGACAUCGGCAACGCUACGGCUCUCGAGACGCUGGAUCUGCGAGGGAACUUCUUCGCUGGUUCAAUCCCGCUGUCUUACCGGAACUUACAGAGAUUGAAGUUCUUGGGCCUUUCCGGCAACAACCUCAGGGGAAGACUCCCCGCUGAGCUCGGCCAACUCUCUUCGUUGGAGACGCUUAUAAUUGGGUACAACGAGAUCGAAGGUCCGAUUCCCGUGGAGCUCGGCAACCUGACAAAUCUCCGGUACCUCGACAUGGCGGUCGGCAACCUCAGCGGUGCCAUUCCUGCAAAGCUCGGAAGGCUGCAAUCCCUCACCACCGUCUACUUGUACAAGAACAAUCUCGAUGGCGAGAUCCCGAGAGAAAUCGGCGAUAUCUCAUCGCUGCAGAUGCUGGAUCUCUCCGACAACCUCAUCUCCGGUUCGAUACCGCCGGAGUUGUCGCGACUGAGUAAUCUAAAGCUUCUCAAUCUGAUGUGCAACAGACUCAAAGGCGCGGUGCCCGCCGGCAUCGGUGAGCUACCUCAGUUGGAGGUGCUGGAGCUGUGGAACAACUCGCUCUCCGGCGCCUUGCCGGCCAACCUGGGCCUGAACUCGCCACUGCAAUUGCUCGACGUUUCCUCGAACUCGCUCUCGGGGAAGAUACCUGCGGGAGUGUGCGACGGUGGCAACCUCACCAAGCUCAUCCUCUUCAACAACGCCUUCUCCGGGCCGAUCCCGACCGGCCUGUCGACAUGCCUCUCGCUGGUUCGCGUUCGAAUGCAAAACAACCGGCUCAACGGUACCAUACCGAGUGGUCUCGGGAGGCUACCGAAGCUGCAGCGGCUCGAACUGGCAGGCAACGAGCUCUCCGGCGAGAUACCGGACGACAUCUCGUCCUCGACCUCGCUCUCCUUCAUCGAUCUCUCGCACAACCACCUCCGCUCGUCCCUCCCUUCUAACAUACUAUCCAUGCCGACGCUCCAAACCUUUUUGGCCGCCGACAACGAGCUGACCGGAGGAAUCCCGGACGAGUUGCAGGACUGCCCAUCCCUCUCUGCUCUCGACCUUUCGACCAACCGCCUGUCCGGGUGCAUACCGAGCAGCCUAGCCUCAUGCCAGCAUCUCGUGUCGCUGAGCCUCCGGAGCAACCGGCUCACCAGCACGAUCCCGUCCUCGCUUGCGACGAUGCCAACGCUCUCCAUUCUGGAUCUGUCGAACAACUUCCUCACCGGCACGAUCCCCGACAACUUCGGCGGCUCGCCGGCUCUCGAGAUGUUGAAUUUAGCCUACAACAAUCUCUCGGGCCCCGUGCCGGCCAACGGCCUAUUGCUUACCAUAAACCCGGAUGAUCUCGCCGGCAAUGCAGGCCUUUGCGGUGGCGGCGCACUCCCUCCGUGCGCCGCGAAUUCACCAUGGGCAUCGACGACGAGUUCCAAAGCGUCUCACCUCAAGCACAUCGCAGCCGGAUGGCUGAUCGGGAUUUCGGCGGUCUUAAUGAUUGGGCUCGGCGUUCUCGGGGCACGACGGCUCUAUCAGAUGUGGCACGUUGACGGCGGGUGCUGCGGCGACGGCAAGUUUGAGGAAGAGACCGGCGCUUGGCCUUGGCGGUUGACGGCAUUCCAACGGCUCAACUUCACGAGCACCGACGUGUUAGCAUGCGUCAAGGAGGCCAACAUCAUCGGCAUGGGCGCCACGGGGAUCGUCUACAAGGCCGAGCUCCACAGGCACCACGCAGCGGUGGCGGUGAAGAAGCUGUGGCGGCCGGAAGGGGCCGCAGCGGAGUUGGGCGAUUCCGAUGCCGGGGAUUUGGCUACGGAAGUGAGCCUACUAGGAAGGUUGAGACACCGUAAUAUCGUGAAGAUGCUCGGCUACGUGCGAAACGGCGCCGAGAUGAUGAUACUGUACGAGUACAUGCAGAACGGCAGCCUGUGGGAGGCUUUGCAUGGGAAGCAAGAGGGGCGGCUGCUGGUAGACUGGGUCUCCAGGUACAACGUGGCGGCCGGAAUCGCGCACGGAUUGGCCUACCUUCACCACGACUGCCACCCGCAGGUGAUCCAUCGUGAUGUGAAGUCGAGCAACGUGCUCUUGGAUGGGAAUCUGGAAGCCAAGAUCGCCGAUUUCGGCCUGGCAAGGAUGAUGGUCCGCAAGAACGAGACUGUGUCCGUCGUCGCUGGAUCGUAUGGCUACAUUGCCCCAGAGUACGGCUACACAUUGAAGGUGGACGAGAAGACCGACAUAUAUAGCUUCGGGGUGGUGCUCAUGGAGUUACUGACAGGGAAGAGGCCCGUAGAAAUGGAGUUCGGGGAGAGCCAGGACAUCGUCGGGUGGGUCCGCGGGCGGCUGAGGAGCAACCACGGCGUUGAGGAGCUGCUCGACAGCAGCAUCGGCGGACGUUGCGAGCACGUACGUGAGGAGAUGCUGCUGGUGCUGCGGGUCGCGGUGCUGUGCACGGCAAGGUCGCCCAAGGACCGGCCGCCGAUGAGGGACGUGCUCACCAUGCUAGCCGAGGCAAAGCCGCGGCGGAAGAGCAGCAGCAGCGGCGGCGGUGGCGUGGUGGCCAAGGACAAGCCCGUGUUCACCACCUCGCCAGAUUCUGGGUAUCCGUAGACAUGUAGUUAUUCCAUAGGAAAGGAACCGUUCGCCUUUAGAUUAGUGUUUUUAGAUGAAUAACUAAAUACGUAUUGAUAUUUUAAA